AUGAGUGGGAUCCAUCGAUUCUUGACUCGUCGCGACCGACACCACAAGUUGCACAAGCAGAACAAAGAAGAGGCGUCCCACCUUCUCUCGCGACCACUAUUCCAGAACUUUUUCAAGUCAGAAACCAAACUCGAGGAUAAUCAGGAACAUGACAAGAAGGUCAAAGCCCUUGUCCAGCGAAUUAAACAGCUCGGUAUCACUGCAUUAGAGGAAGAACAUAUAAGUUAUGCAUUACAAGCUACUCAAGGAGAUACAGAAAAGGCAUUCAGUCUACUUCUUCUGCUGGAAGAUUCUAUCGAAGGCAUCAUCAGGACCUACACACCCAACACAAAGCUUCUAGGAGCAGAGAAUCGUGCUGGUGUGACAUGCUACCUGGAUGCUUUGUUAUUCGCCAUGUUCGCGCGGCUUGAUUGUUUCGAAGCCAUUCUCUACAAAUCAUUUAGUGAUGAGCCGCGUCGAAAGCUUGCAGUUCUGCUGAGAUUAUGGGUGAAUCUUCUGCGAUCAGGAAAGCUUAUUACAACUGAUAUGACGAAACAUUUACAAGAUGCUCUGGCAGAAUGCGGAUGGGAAGAUGCUGCCAAUCUUCGUCAACAAGAUACAUCAGAAGCGUUUACAUUCAUCACUGAGAAGCUUGAGCUCCCACUCUUGACUCUGAAGAUGGACAUCUUCCACACCGGCAAAGAGGACGAGAGCGACGAUCAUAAAUUCAUCAACGAAAGGCUUCUAGAAGUUGCCAUUCCACCGGAACCAACUGAUGGAGAGCAAUCCCUUACUUUGGAAGAUUGCCUGGAAGCCUAUUUCAAUAAUAGGAUUGAAGUAAAACGACACAUGGAACGACGUAACACAGCUACAUCAAUCCGAUCAAUGGAUUCUGCUUCCAUAUCCAAGGGCUCCACUACACAUGUUGAGGCGAUCGAGAUUGAGACUACACCUACGCUCUCACCCCAGCCUUCUCAUACUCCGCAACCUGAAAGGGCUACCCCGUGGUCAUCAUUUACUGAGUUCACUGAAGCCCUCGACUCAUCUCGAACUCCUGGUCGACGUGCUAGCAUUGUCCAAGAGCGCUUCUUCCCAGAAUCGAGCGAAGAAACAAAUUCUGAUGAUACAAAUAACGAAAACGAGAAAUCCCCCAUCCCGGAAGGACAACCCCGCAGGGGAGUCUACAAGAAGGAAGUGAUGAUGCCUGCAUGGCAAUUUUUCAGCUUGAUACCAUGGUACACGGACAAUACUCCCACAAAUGAUGCGCAAGUUGCAGCGCACUUUUCUUCCAAGCGGCCCAUCCUUGGAAUGUGUCUCAAGCGCUAUUCAGUCUUGCCAAAUGGCAAGGCCGUCAGACUCAAUACACAUAUCGAUAUUCCUACCGAGAUUGGUCUGCCUCACUUUAUCCAGGACGAUAAUUUGGAUGCAAAUGCUCCUAUAUAUGGCAACUUUAAACUUUCCCUACAGGCUUUAGUCUGCCAUAGAGGCGAUUCGGUUGACUCAGGGCACUACAUCGCAAUCGUCCGGGGCACUAGCUCCCCUAAUUCCGACUCCCUUGCCACAUCUGGCUCUGAUCCUUCAGAGACCUCAAAACAUUGGAUGCGCUUCGACGAUCUUGCAGCAGAACGGGUGACCCUGGUUGACAUUGAUCAAGCACUGAAAACCGAAUCUCCUUAUCUCUUGUUUUAUCAAAUUCUUCCGAUUUCCGAGGAUCCAUCCGCCGUCAAUCUUCCGCCUGCGCCAUCCUCUCGGGCGUCAGAUGGCAGUACCUUGGGCGAUCAACUAGAUUUCACCGAUGACAUAGCUCCCGAUCGACCAAGUGUUGAAGUUACUGGACCCCCUGAAGUUGGCACCCCGACUUUCGCCAAUCCUCCAAGGCGCUCCAGUGUGGCGUUCUCGGAAAACAGUAAUCCAAACGGUCUUCAGCCGACUUCUAUUCCAUCAUCAUCGCCUAGAUUGGCACCUAUGGAAGAAGAGGGCACAAAUAACUGGCGGUCAUUCUCUCGUCGUGGAUCCCGAACAACUAGAAGCAAUCCUGGAAGCCGCGCUGGCAGUCAAACCGGCGAAAACAGAAUCAGCGCUACCUUCUCGCGGUUUGCUGGGCGUCUUAGCCGAGACAAAAUUAGCAAUGAUGGAUUCAACGAGGAAGGCGAAACAGACGAGUCUGCAUUGGACAUUGACGAAGCAAUGGACGAGAUGAAGCUUGGGUCAGGCGCUUAUGAGAAGGAGAAGCAAGGAAGAGGACGAACAAAAGAUCGGGAACGAAACAAGGGCAAGUCCAAGGAGAAAUCCAAGGAAAAGAGCAAGAGACCGGACCGGGAAUGUAUGGUUAUGUGA